AUGAUCUCGUUGUUCCAGGCCGUGACCAUGGAGGGCUGGACGGACAUCAUGUACCACUGCAUGGACGCGGCCUGGCCGCCCAUCUCCAUCUUUUUGUUCCUGAGCCUGUUCGCGGUCGGGUCCAUGCUCGUGCUGAACCUGGUGCUCGGCGUCAUCGCGGACACGCUGGGCGACGAGGAGGAC